AUGGGGGAUGGCCUGGCCUUCCAAGGGCCGCCCCCGGAAAAGCGAAAGUGGGCUGGCGACAGAGAGGGCGGGCGGCCGCCCUGGCAGACGCACGAUUGGCUGCUCCUCCCUUGGGACUACCGAAGGAAAGACGCUCCAGGUCGGCUUUCCGAGCGUAGGCUCCUGGUCCACGGGCCACAGGGUUUUCUUACCCCUAGACCUGCAGUCCAGCCUCGGACGACCUUAACUAGCUCUGUCAGCCGUGCCGUCCCCUUCCACCCCCCGCCCCGGAAGAAUGCGCAUGUGCAUGCCGGUAGGCGGAGGCACGCGGCGCCGAGAGCUCAGCCUGGCGACCAAGAACUUGGGUCAGUGGGGCCUAGAGACGGGCCUGGCGGCGCUCGGCUGUUUUCCCUGGUGCUGCGGCCCGCUUCUAUAACUCGCGAGCAACUUGCGUGCUCUUUCGGGUGUUUACGCGCUUCGGGCCCGCCCACCGGCGUCUUGAAGCUGUAUCGAGGUACAAAGAACAGUGAUUGUCAUACAACUGGAAAGAAAAGCAAAGAAAAUGCUUUUUGUUUUAGUUUGGACAAUUAA